AUGGCUAAAGAGCAACUUCCCGUUCUCGUGGUGGGGGCUGGUCCCGUAGGAUGCUUCAUCGCCUAUCGCCUGGGGAAGGCAGGGAUCCCAGUCCAGAUCUUUGAGAAAGAGUCCACCCUCCCCUAUACACCAAGAGCCGUUGGCUACUAUGGUGCAACCCAGGUUGUGUUUCAAGAAUCUGGACUGUACGACCUCAUUCGGGCGGAGGGGUUCAUGACUGCUGGAUUAUGCUGGCGCACACUUCCUAUCAAUGACGGCAAGGGAGGCAAGCGCUUGGGCGACCUACUGGCUGCGCAACCACUUUGCGACCCAAGUGAUCCUGUCAAGGCCUGCCCGUCCGGCCUCCUUAAUCUUCGCCAGUCGGAGCUGACGAAGCUGCUUCUGGAGGAGGCGCAAAAAACCGGAUACGUGACGAUUCAGUUCAACAGUGAGCUAUCCAGCAUCCAAGAGGGAGACGGCAAAAUUACUAUUGAUUUCGAAAAUCAGAAUUUCCCAGCUGUGACGGGUUCGUACCUUGUUGGCGCCGACGGCGGUAGAUCAAGAACUCGCAAACUAAUUGGAGCACCUUGCGUCGGCCAUACUUGGCCUGAGAGACUAGUCUCCACGGACGUUAUCCUUAUAAACGAUGUUGAUCCAGUCUGGCAUACUUGCUAUAUUAUCGGGACGAAGAACUACACCAUCAUGACUCCUCUUACCGAUCCAAUUAUUGGCGAAAAGAGCCUGUGGAGGUGUACCAUUGCCAUUCCUCCGGAGGAUGAAAGAUCUGACCAGGAGCUACUCCAAGAGGAGGUUAUACAAGGUUUCUACGAGGACAUCGUCUCUGGUCCACGACCACUUCUAGCUGAGAUCAAGGCAAAGGCAGUCUAUCGCAUUCACCAACGCUUGGUCCCGACGUUGCGCAAAGGCCGAUGUGUACUAGCUGGAGAUGCAGCGCACAUGAACAACCCGUAUGGCGCCAUGGGGUUGAACACCGGCAUUCUGGAUGGCGAUGCUCUAGCGGAGGCCCUGAUCAUGGUCCUUAACGAAGGCCGAUCGGACAAGAUCCUCACAAGUUAUUCCGACGCUCGCAGAAAGGUCUUCCGAUACUUCGUUGACCCUACUACGACAGCCAAUAAACUCCGUCUUCACCUAGAAAGCGACACUGCGGCAGAGGAUGAUGAUUAUUUAAGAUCUCUGCAGAACCCGACCGCGGAGGAGUUGGAAGAGGGAGCCAAGCCGUACUUUGAGACUUGGAGAACAGACAUGAGAGCUUUAGCUAAGGAAGCUGGACUAUAA